ACAGAUCAGGGGGGCAAAAGCACAGAUAAGAAAAAGCUAGGGUUUUCAAUAGACGUCGUAGGUCUGCGUGGUUGACAAUGGCGAUGAGGACCUUCUACAACGAGAUCAAAGGGAUGAAGGUGAAGGACCUUCCGGCUCACCUGAAACCGAAGUUGACCGUCGACUACUUGAAGGAUUCGAUCAAGAGAGGCCUCGAUAACUACCAUGCCAAGUACAUCCAGACCAGUUCCGUUGAACCUCUCUUCCAUGUCUGCUACGGUGGCAUGAUCUUCUCCUACCUUGUCGCUCUUCCCGAGGAGCGUCGUCAUCUCGAGCACCAGCAACACGCCAAGGAACACGGCGGCCACUGAUUCGUCUGUCUCCGAUCUGUUCCUCCAAUUCAAGCUUCAGCAAAGUUCAUGAGUGGGUUGAAUCCUUGAAGGAAGGAUUAACGUUGAAGUCUAUUUGAUUGCUUUUGUUUCAGUUUCUAAUGUUAUCUAUCUGUCGGACACUCAGGUGUAAUAUGGGGACACCCAUGGCUGAUUAAAUAAAUUUGUGAAAACUUCUCUCAUAAUGUUGACAGUACAAGUCUUGGGCGUUUUUUGUCUCUUUGUUUAAAACGCAUACUUUAUUUUUAAUGCAUUAGUUAAUUUUAAGUCUGAAUUUACAUAUAA